GCAAGAAAAAAACCGGCAAGUCGUAGUUGAGAAGUGGCGGCGAAACGUUUAUUAAAUUUCUUUUGUAAACUCGAGUGAACAUCAUUGUGGGUGUGUAGUAGUCAGAAUAAAUCUCAUUAUGGACAAUCCGGACAACACGGUGAAACCAGAACAUCAGGAAAAAGACCAAUCUUUACGGGAAAAUGUACCACACAAUGCAGCCCAAACUGCUACGAAGAAGCGCCCGCGAAGUGAAAAUGAUUGCCCAACUGAGGGAGCAGCCAAACCCAGGAAAAUUUUCAAAUAUGGAAACUACGACCGGUACUACGGUUAUCGAAACAUCAACGAAACUCCGAAGGAAGACGUCCGGCUACAGGCUUUCAUCGCACAAAAAGAGAUGAUUACUGGGAAGCAACUGUUGGAUAUUGGCUGCAAUAAUGGCUCGCUGACUCUUUUGAUAGCGAAACAUUGCCAUCCUGCAAGAGCCGUUGGCAUCGAUAUAGACGGCGAUUUGAUCGGAAGCGCACGACGGCAUCAAACAAACAUGUUGAAGCUAUGUACAGAAAAUCCCGAUACGUUUAAAGCCUUGAAACACGUUGAGUUCAGAACUGUAAACUACGUUUAUCAGGACGAAUCUCUGUUGGCGAGCGAAAAAGCUCAGUUCGAUGUGAUAUUGUGCCUUUCGGUGACAAAGUGGAUCCAUCUGAAUUUCGGAGAUUCCGCGGUAAAGCUCACUUUCAAACGCGUUUAUCGCCAAUUAAAUGAAGGCGGUGUGUUCAUACUGGAAGCACAGCCCUGGAGCAGCUAUAAGAAGAAAAAGAAGCUCACGACUGCGAUAUUCGAACAGUUCAAGCGAAUCACGUUUCGCCCGGAUGAGUUCAACCGGUAUUUGCUGGGCGAUGAGAUUGGCUUUCGAGAGAUGUUCGAGCUCAAGGUAGCCGACCAUACGAUGAAGGGUUUCCGAAGACCGAUUUACGCAUUUCGGAAAUAGAAAGGUAAGUCAUGCGUGAUAUGCAAACAUUUGUUGAGUUAAUGAAAAUAUGUGAAUUCGAAAAGAUA